GUUUUAAAAGGAGCGAUGCCGUUGCCAAGCGGAGUGCCUCCGUUUUCUAUUGAUUCAGCAGAUAAGCAGCGAGCCCUAGAAGAAACCAAAGCCUACACCACCCAGUCCUUAGCAAGUGUUGCCUACCUGAUAAACACCUUGGCCAACAAUGUCCUGCAGAUGCUGGACAUCCAGGCAUCCCAGCUGCGAAGGAUGGAAUCGUCAAUCAAUCAUAUUUCACAAACCGUUGAUAUUCAUAAAGAGAAAGUUGCAAGAAGAGAAAUUGGUAUUUUGACUACCAAUAAAAACACUUCAAGGACACAUAAGAUUAUUGCUCCAGCCAAUCUUGAAAGACCAGUUCGUUAUAUUAGAAAACCUAUUGACUAUACAAUUCUAGAUGAUAUUGGACAUGGAGUAAAGUGGUUGCUUAGAUUUAAGGUGAGUACCCAGAAUAUGAAGAUGGGUGGGCUGCCACGUACAACACCUCCAACUCAGAAACCGCCCAGCCCCCCUAUGUCAGGGAAAGGGACACUUGGGCGGCACUCCCCCUAUCGCACACUGGAGCCAGUGCGUCCUCCAGUGGUACCCAAUGAUUACGUACCUAGCCCAACCCGUAAUAUGGCUCCCUCGCAGCAGAGCCCUGUGAGGACAGCUUCUGUGAAUCAAAGAAAUCGAACUUACAGCAGCAGUGGGAGUAGUGGAGGAAGCCACCCCAGUAGUCGGAGCAGCAGCCGGGAGAACAGCGGAAGUGGGAGUGUAGGCGUUCCCAUCGCUGUUCCUACUCCCUCUCCUCCCAGUGUCUUUCCAGCCCCUGCUGGCUCUGCUGGUACUCCUCCCCUUCCUGCUACUUCCGCAUCUGCCCCUGUCCCUAUUGUUCCUGCUACUGUCCCUUCCUCCACUGCCCCAGACGCAGCUUCUGGGGGUGCCCAGGCCCUUGCUGAUGGCUUCGCUUCUCCAACUCCCCCUGUUGUUUCUUCUACUCCCCCUACAGGUCAUCCUGUUCAGUUCUAUAGCAUGAACAGACCUGCCUCUCGCCAUACUCCCCCAACAGUAGGGGGCUCGUUGCCCUAUCGACGCCCUCCUUCCAUCACCUCACAAACAAGCCUUCAGACUCAGAUGAAUGGAGGACCUUUCUAUAGCCAGAAUCCAGUAUCUCUUGCUCCUCCUCCUCCCUCCAUCCUACAGGUAACUCCUCAGUUACCUUUAAUGGGAUUUGUGGCCAGAGUCCAAGAAAAUAUUUCAGACACACCACCCCCACCACCACCUGCGGAAGAGCCAGUCUUUGAUGAAUCCCCCCCUCCACCCCCUCCUCCAGAAGAUUACGAAGAGGAGGAGGCCGCCGUGGUGGAGUACAGUGACCCAUAUGCGGAGGAGGACCCGCCCUGGGCUCCAAGGUCUUAUUUGGAAAAGGUUGUGGCAAUUUAUGAUUAUACAAAAGACAAGGAAGACGAGCUGUCUUUUCAGGAAGGAGCCAUCAUUUAUGUCAUCAAGAAGAACGACGAUGGCUGGUAUGAGGGAGUUAUGAAUGGAGUGACGGGGCUCUUCCCGGGGAAUUACGUCGAGUCCAUCAUGCAUUAUUCUGAGUGAAACUCCGCCGCUGUUUCCCUCCCAGGAAUAGGCAGGACUUCCCAGACUAUCCCAAGGCCCUGGCCUUCCCCUCAGUGAAGUGAAUGAAGGAUACAAAUGAUAAAAACUAUGUAUGUGUUGUUGUUUUCAGUUUAUCCCCCGGUAUUAAAGCAAAAAGCAAACCUAAUUGUGAACAAAUGGAUCUUUCUGUCAUUUGUACUAUGCUGAGCUGUCUGGAUUGAAAUAAAGUGACCAUUUCUGAAUAUGUCGAGGAAUAACAGCAUAACUGUAAAACAAAUCAGGUUAAGACUGAUUCAGAGCAAAAUCUGGGAUCUUUCUCAGGAAAACUGUACACCAUGGGAUAUCUUCUGCAGAACCUGUGGCACUGGCUGUUCUUCAGUGCCUGUGCCAAAGGGUUAGCCUGUGGCCUACUGAGUACCCCACUUUCUUCCACCUGUAUAAGGAGGGAACCGAUGUUUGAAUACCAUACUGAACCAUUUUUAGUUGUUUCCGAGGGCUCAUUUCCUGUCAGAGGUAAAUUCUGCACUCUCUCAGCACUUGGGCGUGCCGUUCAGAGUGAAUGCUGAACUGACUUGCAUCCCUUCAUGUUUGUUUGUAGUGGAUGAUGAAAUGAGUCUCCCAACAUUCUGAGGGUGGUUGGCAAUGGCCAGUGUGACUUGAAUGUGCUGCUGCUGCCUGAGACUGCGUUGCACAAAGGGCCAGCACACCAGGUGUGUGAUGCUGGCCGCGAAGGCGCUUAAGGUCCUGAGAAGAUUGGACUGUAGAAACUGCUGCCCAACAGGCAUCCUAAGGCUUGGCCUUCGGCACUGGUUUGAGGAGCAGGAUUUUGGAAGUUAGACUAACUGUUUACUUUCACUAUUGAGAAAAACAUCCUUUUUGGGGAAAAUAGCAGUUAUUUUCAAAUUUCUUGAUAGUCACUGGGAAUAAAAGGCUUGCUACUGUAAUUUUGGUGAUACUAAUGGCCAGUGUUAGCUGCUGCUGAGUUGUUUACUCACUUGACUUUAGAAAAGGGAAAUACUCGCUUGGUUUUGUGGUUGGUCUUGGAAGUAGCUUCCUUUGGUAAGAAUUUGAACUUGUAUCGCAGACUAA